UAUAUGUGAAGAACUCACCUGGUUCUACCUCAUCACUGAGCUGCUGAACAAAGCUAAGCAGCAGCUGAUCUUUCUACAGAGGAUGAGGAUGUUUGAAAACUGCAUCAUCCACAGGAUCCUGACCAGCUGCAUCUCUGCAGAGACCACACCAUCUGCAGAGAGGGGCCCGGACCCAAGAGUAGGUUGUCAAAGCACCUGAUUCAGAUUGAGGAACAUUCAUCUUUUAGAAUGGCCUAGUCAAAGUCUAGAUCCUAAUCAAACUAAGAAUUUGUGGCAAGACUUGAAAACUGAUGUUCACAGAUGUUCUCCAUCCAUCUGUAGAUGUUCAAAGCUGGUGGAGACAAAAACCAACAGACAAGAUGUUGUUCAACAGAGCUCCGAGUCGGGGGGGAAUACAAAAGCACACCACACUUUUCAGAUUGAACUGUUUUUCUUCAGUAAGGUCUGAUCUAUAAAGCACCUGUAAAAUAUGCAGGCUGUGGCAGGAACUAAAGUGUGGAAUAAUUUACAGGGUGUGAAGACUUUUACAUGGCUUUAGACUUACAAACUUUUUUUGGCAUGUUAAGCAAAGGUUGAGCCUUAUGGAUCUGUUUUAAAGUUGACCUCUGAGAGGACUUUGACUUGUCAACAAUGACGACAUUAUCACAGCAAAGAAAUGGACUGAACUGGACAGAACUGGACAGAACUCAUGGACCUGAGAAGGAGGUGGGACUUUCAGUCCUUUAAAGUUAGCUGCACUAUUCCUGCAGAGGGCAGAAGUUUCCUCUUUCCUUCUAACGAGCUGCUGAUCACCCCACUGGACCUCCAUCUGCUCCACAAACAUCUGAUCAGGAAGAAGUUACGGCUGACAGAGAAUAAAACCAUCAGAACAGCAGAGAUGGCGUCCCAAUGCCAGGCUGGCUUGGUCCUGUUAGCCUCACUGAUCCUUCUCCUCUUCUGGACAACCAUCUCUGCUCUUUCUUAUGAUGACACACCAGAUGUCCCCUUACAACAUAACAGAGUUCAAAGAGACCUGCCAGCCAGGCCCAGAAACCAGGUGCAAUCAUCUACAGAGGUUGUCAAAGAAUCUUUGACUGCCAUCAAAGUAGUGAUUGAUGACAUUCCUGUUAAGAAAGUCACAGAUGUGAUGAAAAGCUUCUCUAAGAUGGCCAGCCUAUCACCUGGCAUCGGAACUCUGGUCGCAUGCGUUCUCGAUAUAGUUUUGGCCUUUGUCCCUCAGGAUGACCCAGUUCUGAUUGAGGUAAAGAAAGGGUUUGCUGAGGUGAACCGAAAGCUGGACUCUCUCUCCUUCCAGAUCUCCAACCUGGCAACAGAUGUAGAAUGGUUCAACUACGCCAGCGUCUACUCUAGAGACGAAGUCACCAUCCUCAAUGCCUGGGACAAGUUCAAUGACCUUCGUCAGAACAGUAACUUGGUGCAAAGUGCAGAAGACAGACUCAGACUGGCUGAAAUAUUUACCAGCUCCUAUGAAAACUCAGGAGCUGAGUCCAGUGUGUCCAAUCUUUACCGCUACCUGACAGUCAACAGCACGUCUCUGAGUGCAAACCUCAACAAUCUGCUGAAGAAGAAGUUUAAAUGUGACAUUACUAAGAUCGGUAAAUAUAAUUUGUAUUUUAGCAGCUUGUUGUGGAAGGGGAUGGUGCUAAACCAGUUCUACUGGAGACUGAUUGGUUUCAACACCACGACCAAAGAAGAUGAACAUGUGCAGAUGUUCAAGAAGGUUUCUGAAGCUCAGUUAGCAGCCAUAGACUACUGCUUGCAGAACUAUGAAGAUUACAUGAAGAAAGAUGUGGUGGAGACUGUCAAAGGACUCAGCACUGAUGACAAACAGGCCAUCGCUCUUAAGGUGAAAGAAGUUCUGGACCAGAAGUACAACUGGUACAACUGGGUGGUGGUGGUAUACAACAAGGCAAACAAAAACAAUCACAUCGUGUUUGAUGCCACUGAGAUUGAUGCAGGAGACACCAUUGUGCUUGUGAGUUACUAUUUCGAUAUAGGCAUAAAAUAUGCCACACCAUAUAAGGAAACUGCAGAAAAAUGUUUCAACAAUGAAUACUGCCAGAACAUCAGUAUAGAUCAAUGCCACAAAGAGGGUUGGGGAUCAGUUGAUUUAAUUGGGGCAGACAUGUUAAAGUAUAAUGGCAUGAUAACACAUGUCACCUAUGAUGAAGACUUUGCAGAGGUCCCAGCACCUGUUUAUCGAGUUGGCUGCUAUUGGUUUCCUGCUGGUGGUUUGGUUUCCAUACGGUUCAAAGACCGGAUACAUUUCUGCAGAUUGUAUUUAUGCCAGAACAAUGCAAAGUGUAAAAGAAUCCUAGACUCAAACGAAUGGUUUUGUCAAUGUCCCACUGGAUUCAAAGGAGAAUAUUGUGAGCAUCGCAUUGACACAAGAACAGCCCCAAAAAAGGAUGCCAUAUUUCCCCAUAUCAAACUCAUGCAAGACAGGAUACAAAACCUUGAGAACAACGUGGAAAAAAUCAUGAACAGAUGCCACAUUUCUUAGAUUUCUGCAGAAUACUGAAAGAUGACAUCAAGGAUUGAAUUCCAACCGACUGCUAAAAAAUAUCCGAAAAGAUGUCUUUGACAGAAAGAAACAAGAACAGAUAAAAUCCCCAGGAUUCCCUUGUAACUCAAUAAACCUCCACCAGAUGGCGCCACAUCUGUGUCCUGACUGUUAGAAGCUGGUCAUCAUGACAAGAUGUUACUGUCCACCAACUCCUGCAAUCUUCUGGUUUUUGUUGACAGGAACCAUCCAUGUUUCAGUAAAAUGAUUCUGAAUAAAUGACACAAUAGAUGGGAUGCUGUUUAUUCCUAAUGUAAAUCAACAUUAUUUGCAUUCAUUGGAAUUAAAUGUCUCUUUCCAUU